AUGCAUAUCCUCAUUACUGGCGCUGCCGGGUUCAUCGGCCAAUUGCUUGCGAGGGAGCUAUUGAAUGAUCCCGCCUACCGCGUCACAUUGACCGACAUUAAUGAGCCCCCGAUUCCCGCGGGGGUCGGCUAUCCGCAAAAUGCAACCGCAAUCAAGGCCGAUUUGCUGACAGGGGCAAAGGAUGUGGUUGAUUCUUCCUUGGACGCCGUCUAUGCCUUCCACGGCAUCAUGUCCUCCGGCUCCGAAGCCAACUUCGACCUAGGCAUGAGCGUCAACAUCGAUGCAACUCGCAAUCUUCUCGAUGCGCUCCGACAUAUCUGCCCGGGGGUCCGAGUCAUCUACUCCUCCAGUCAAGCAGUAUAUGGCCAACCGUUGCCAGAAAUUGUAACCGACAGCGUUAUCCCGACUCCAGAGUCAUCCUACGGUGCCGAGAAGAUCGUGUGCGAGACACUGGUGAAUGAAUAUACUCGCCGCAAUUUUAUCACUGGAUUUACUUUACGCUUCCCUACCAUAUCCGUUCGCCCAGGUGCGCCCACUGCCGCGGCUUCGUCCUUCCUCUCGGGUAUGAUCCGGGAGCCACUCGAUGGCAAGGAAUGUGUGAUUCCAAUUGAAGACCGACAGUUCAAGUCAUGGCUCUGCUCACCUAAGACUCUUGUGGAGAAUCUUCUUCUCACUCUCCGUCUGCCGGCCGACUCUGUGCCGCCACAUAUUCGCCAGAUUAAUGUUCCUGGCAUCUGCGUCACAGUUCAGGGUAUGGUGGAUGCAUUGGAAGCAGUGGGAGGGAAGGAUAAAUUGGCUCUUCUGACAGAGAAAGAGGACUCUGCGCUGGUUCCCAUUUUGAAAUCAUGGCCGACGCAAUUUGAUAACACGCAGGCCAUCUCCCUAGGCUUCAAACGCGACGAGUCUUUCGAGCAGACCGUGCGGGAUUAUAAGCAGUCGUUGACCCAAUAA